AUGGGUUGUGUUGGGAGCAAGCAGCCAGCCGAUGACGGCGCUCAACCGCAGUCGGGCACCGGCUCGCCGCCCGUCGCGCAGGGUCAGGUGAAAAGCGCAAGCGUCGGUAAGGCAGAGCUCACGACCACCACGGAUGUCGCGCAAGUAGACGAUGGUGAUCUAGACGACGACGACGAGCCGCAAAAGCAGGCUGCGCUCGGCAAAAAAGGACUCGGGAUCUUGCGCAAGAACUUUUGCCGGACGUGCGCUGCGCAGCAACAGAGCGCGAAGAACGAUGCGAGCUCGCAAAACGAUGCGAGAUCGAUUAAGCGCGUGCUCGUCGUCAUCGACGUGCAAGAUGGGUACGACUCCGAGUUCAUUGCGUCGCUCCCUGCGGAUGUGGGCGGCUCGCUGGGCUUCAUCCAGGACGAGCAUGCGGUCAAGGCGUCGUACGAGCUAGGCUCACGCGCGCUCAUUACAGCCUAUGAGCCGGGCAGCGAGCCCAAGAUCAGCUACAACAAGGGCUGGAACAAAGGCCUGCCCGGCGAGGCGAUGGACACGGUCGCAGCGCGCGCCGUGACCGAGAUUCAAAGCGGCGAGUACGAGCUGAUCGUGUUUACCACCGACUACCUCGAGCGAAGCGGCGCGGAGGAGCUGGGUGUGUUUCCGCUCGAUAAGACGCCGUGGAGCGACCCGACGAAGCCGGUGGCGCUGGUCGGCUACGAUAAAUACCUGACCAUUGCCGCCGGCUGCCCGGGCGUCGACAUCUCGCGGCGCAUCCGCGAGAAGCUGCCUGACGUGACCAGCGCCAACGGCAAAGAAGGCACGGCCAACGGCACGCCGGCCCUCUAUCUCCGUAAGCAGGUGGACGACGCCUUCGACGAGGACCGCGAGGCGUCGGAGCGCACCGGAGGCGCCGCGUGGCUCGACGACGUGGACGUGGACGACGACGGGCUGCCGCGUGCGGACGCGCAGACCCUGCUGCAGCAGCUGAGCGCGCGCGGCUAUGGGCCAGCGGAGGGCACGCAGCUGAGCUUCGUGGGCGUGGUCACCAACCGCUGCGUGGCGUCGUCGCUGCUGCACGCGGCGACGCUCGGCUACCGCACGCGCUGCCUGAUGGGCGGCUGCCGCGCCGCGAACGCGGCGGCGCACGAGAAGGGCCUGGCGAUGAUCCGAGAAAAGGGUGGUGACGGGGUGGAGAUGGUCGAGUGA